AGGGAGGAGCUGUGGGCGGGCUUUAAGGACUCCGCCGACGUGUACGUUUGGCGGAUCAAAGACACGACCACGCCGGUUCUCCGCCUGUUCUUACCGGACUGCUCCGGAUGCUCCUGCAUGAUCCCGGUGAAAAACCAGGUUUGGAUCGGCGCCGUGGGCCGCAGCUCAGCCAAAGGAAAGGUCUACAUCGUGGACUCGGAGCGCCACCAAGUCCUGAAGGAGCUGCAGGCUCACAGCGACAGAGUGACGGCGCUCUGCUCCGCUGAGGACCGCUACGUCCUGAGCGGCGCCGGCAAGCAUGACGGGAAGAUCGCCAUCUGGAAGGUGGAGUAGAGACGUUUGGGCUCGAGGAGCGAAGACGGCUGAAAACAUGAAGCACGUCUGUGCGGACAGGAAGUAGAUCAUUGGAGGAGCGAAGGAUCCGGAGGUUCUCUGGACGUUUCAUUCCGGCUAAACAGAUUCUAAUUUGGGUCAUAAGAACUUUGUCGUGAAAAUUCUCCAAUAUUGUUAUUUUACUCCUUUUUCUGAGCGACAAUCUGAUGGUUGUCUGUAUAAACGCAGCGUCUGCUCGCUCAUCAGUGUUACUCCGGUUAUACCUGACCGUAAGAACAAAAGGUAAGCUGCAGGUUAACCUGAAGCUGUAGCCAACGGAACGCCCUCUGACCACGCCCCUACGCCCAGCGGUGGCGACCGCUCCAUGACCCCGCCCCACGCAAAGAUGUUUGGAUCGUUUGUUUGGAUCCUCCCCCAUCCAAACAAAUUUCCCCGCCGGCGUGGGAACGCUCCGCCUCGGUCGUCAUGAUGCGGCGAGCUGGUGAGACGUGAAUGUGGAGCUCGCCUCUGAGCGCGCUCAGAACCCUCUUGAUCUGCUCAGAGAGUUUCCAGUCAGCCAGUGGUUUCUCACUUUCUGGACUCCAAAACCGCCAAAGUUCUGUCCAGGAAGGAAAGUUCAUCUCAACCUUUCCAAUAGAAUUGUAUUUUUCUACUCAGAUGAGUUUCACCUACAUUUCUAUCUAGAUAUUUUUUAGGAAAUUAACUUAUGAACGUUAGAAAUCGUCAUAAUUUUCCUUCUUUCGGUUUUUAUGAAGGAUUUUUUCUGUUUUAUUAUUUUGAAGACUUCUGUCAAAACUUUCGCCUUAAACAUGUUUUUACUCUGCAUUGACUUUGGAAAGAAACAGGUUUAAUGUUUGAAACCUGAAUGAAAUAAGUAAUGUUGUUUUAUUUAACUUUACAUAAAGAUGUAAACUGUAGUUUUUGUUCUUGUUAAAUACAUUUUUGGAGUCUUUGA